AUGGUCAGCAUACAUACUUUUAUUCAAGAAGAUAUUUCUGGUGCCUUGAACAAACUGCUUAUUGACAAGUUGCAAAGGAGCACGGUUGCAGACCACAGUGAGCACUGCUCAGGAGCAAGCACGAGUGCCGAGACCUUGACAAGCCUCUGUAGUGGGCCCCCUAAGAGGCCUCAUUCCAUGGAAGUGCGAAUGCAAGCCAAGAACCCAGUGCCCCCACCAUACAAAUUUAAAACCAAUAUGUUACUGUCACUGCACAGAGGCACAGCUGGUCACUGUCAGAGGGGAGAGUCUCCUGUGUCCUCAGAGGAGCGGUGGUGCAGGGACAAGCAGCACCCUGAUGACAUCACAGCAGCAUGGCUCCUGCCGCUGCACCAUCUGCCCAUGCAGCUGCUGACCACAGAAGUGACACUUCAGCAACAGCAGAAUCAGAAUUGUGAGGAAAUGCGUGUGAAGCUUGCAGCACAAAAACUAACAGAAAGACUGAAUAUUAAAAUACAGUCUGAUAGUCCAGAAGGGGAGUCUGUAGAGAGAUUCGGAGAAGUCAGAGAUGAAGAUGAUGCUCUGUCCUCUGAUGAUGAGUGCUGA